GAUUGGAUAACUUUUCAUGACGUCACCCAGUCGCCAUAUUUUUGGUACAGAGAGCAAGUGGCGCUCAAUUUUGUUGCUGGGUGUAUAUUGCUAAACCAAGCAUGUCUUCGGAAGAUUUGUCAACCGAACAAAUAUCAGGCGACCAAGGUGGACCUGACAACGACAGCCAGGAAGAACAGAGGGAAUCACCUACUCUAAAGGGGGAGUUUGUUCAUCCAGCACCCCCAAAGAAGAUGUCAACAAGGGAAGAAAUGAUACAGGAAGAAAAGAAGGAAGAGAAAAAGCUGAAGAGCAAAUAUCCUAAUUUCAAUUCAAAAGCAGGAGGAUCGGCCCUGCUGGCCAAGAGGAUGCAACAAAGGAAAUAUUUUGAUUCUGGAGACUAUAUGAUGGCACAGGCAAAAGUGAACAACCCAAAGAUUCCUCUUGCACCAAAAGAAAAAAAGAUGAUUUUACAAGAAUCCAUUGGUGAUGCUAUCCCGACUCCAGAAAAUCUGCCUCCUCGCAAAGCCUCAUUAGCCACAAGUAAACUGGCAUCUGGACAGCUGGCUGGCCCACUGAUAUGAUCAUGUGCUCUAAAACAAUCCUCAGUAAUAAGAUAUUGAAACACAAGGCAAUUCACUGUGUGGAACCUGUGCUGUGGGAGUGUUGCAGACCUGUUUAUAAGUCAUUGUUAACAUAUAGGUUAGUGUCGCUUGCGUGACGUUGACUUAUCAAUGUACUGUAUCAACUGUAAGCCACUUCCACGGUAGUGAGAGUCAUGGUUCUUCACAAGAGAUUUAAAUUUACUGUAGUCGCCUUUGAUACAGGGUCUGUUAUGGAUGAUUGCAGAACUUUGCAGUUGAUAUAUUGACAAAGAGUCUGUUCAAUGAUGACUUACAGUAUAUUUUAACAUUGUAUAAAUUUAGUCAAGUUUGACACAGUAUUAUCAGCAAUGAUUGACUGCCAUGAUAAUUUUCACACAGUAAUGUCACUUCAUCGAUCGGCUGUCAUUGUCAUUAAUAUUGUUGACCUGUACCUGACCUAUGGUCAGUGUUUGGAUGGUUGUGGUCAAUUUCACACACACAGGUUCCUUGAGCAGUUCAAUCGGCUGAUUUAGUCAAUUUUGACACAGAAUAUGUGAAAAGUGGUUGGCAGUCAAUUAUGACACUAAAUUCUGUGAUCAAUGCUUGACUAUUUGUUUACUUUAACACUGCAAACAGCUCUGUUUUUGCAGUCAUUUUUUUUCCACUAGAAUCUGAUAGGGAUAUAAAUAUUUUAUGGUUUCAUAACUUUCAUUGUAAUUUUCUGCAUGUCAGACACUAACUGAUUUAUUUGAGGUUGAUCAUUUUUGAUUUCCCCCUUUUCAUGCAUUUUUAAAUGAGUGUUGAAUUACACAUCACAGCAUAUCAAAAUGUACAUUUUGAAAUGAAACGAUUGAUUGGAAUGUCGGUUUGUUUUAUCUUGGUUCAGAACUGGUACAUACCAACCUAUAAAAACAACGGAGGACAGUUUUCUGUUAUCAAUAAAUUCAUUCUUUCGUAAUUAUUUCACAAUAAUCCCAUACCUAGUAAUAAGACCAUGCAUGCGUGUUCCAGUAAUAAUGCCCACACAUACUAUAAUUGUAGAUAUUGCAAUAAUUGCACAUUUGUUGGAGUAAAAGUUUGUUGGCCCCAAAGAGAUUCAGGUGUAUUGCAAGUUAAAUAUUGUAAUCAAAGUAAAUGUGAAAAACAAGUUAUGAUAAAAGAUGUUGGACUGUUUAUGUUGUAUACAGUUUAAUUUGCUGCAUGAUUAAUAUUGAAAUCAACACCUUCAUUAUUUGUCUAUGAUACAAGUACAUUGUAGGAUCUGGAAUCAGGAAUCAAUCAGAUUCACUUUAAUUGUAUUAAUACAUGCAAAACUCCAGAUUAAAAAAAUAUAUAAACAUAUUUAUUUAAAGCAUGUGAGUUGAAUAAAUGACUAGCAAAAAUCACAGCACCCUGAUGGAAUUAUUCCCACACUAAUGGUGGGAAAUAAAGAGAAUAAUUUGAUUAUUUCUGGUUUUACUGUAAUAAAAAUGUUAUCAUUAUCAUUGAAAAAGAAUUAUCAUCGCCGACAAUAGUAUGGAGAAGUUUUACCUAAGUACGCAGAUAGUUUUUCAUUGAAAAUACAUCAUCUUUUCAUUAUACAUACAGUAUAGCAUUCCCAAACUAUGUUUACACUACAAAAUAUUUAUUAUUGCUAUACCUCCCAACGUUUGUUUCAAAUGAAGCUUAUUGAAAAAAAAUGUUAUUGUUGUACGAGUGUACAUUUCAUACAUAACAGCAUUUUUUGGUUGGUGUGAAGUAUAUAGUACAGUAUCAUGUAGUUGUGCCAUUUACAUGCCACUGUGAAGUUUAUUAUCCUUUCUCUGCAAGUUUAUUUUUGACUUUAUGAUAAUAAAAUUAGUCUACAUUGACUUAAGGUUUAAAUAUUGUGUAAUUGUCAAUGUUACCAAGAGCUUUUAAAUGAUGAAUGUAAAAUAUCAUGCAGCACUACUUGGUUGGUAGAAAUGAAAUGACGUGUACAUGUCCAUAGUUGCUACCUGUUUUUUGUGAGUUCGAUAAUCAGGAGAUUCUAAUAAUCUACAUUAUCUUAAAUUGUGUAGAAUUUUAUGUAAACACCCCAGGACCAGACGAGCAGAUGCCAUGGCAAAACGUCUAUCCAACUGUCUGUCUGUUGUCCGUCAACUUUCCUUUAAAUUGCUACUUUUCCUAAAGGACUGGAUUGAUUUUGACCGAAUUUAGUCGGAAGCAUCCUUUUGGGAAGUGAAACAACUUUUUCAUAAAUGGAGGAUUUGGGCCCAAUUGGGGAAAUAGAAGAAAUGGCGUAACUAAAAAACCUGUAAUUUGACAUAUGUUUGGUGUUUCUUAAAAAUAUUACCAUUAUAAUGCAAUCCUGGCUUCUGAUUGGUCAAUAUUUAGAUAUUGGCUGAUUUCGUCUAAAUUUGUUAUACAGAGGAAUUAGGGGAUGCUGAACAUCACUGCAUGGGUUUUGUUAAGCACAUAGUGGCUUUGAUUGGUCAAAAUGUAAUUAUUGGAUGAUUCUGAUCAAAUUUGGUAUACAGGGAUAUUUGAGGAUGUCGCACAUCACUGUAUAGGCUUUGUUGCCAUGGCAACCAUGCUGAAGCAAAUAGUGGCCUCUUAUUGAUUUAGUGCUAUUUAAUUAAAUUUGAUAUAUAGGUGAAUAAGAGAUACUGUAUAAAUAUUGGCCUCUGAUUGGUUGAAAUAUUUGCCAAGUUUGAUCUGAAACAUUCGAUCCAAUUUUGUAUAUACUGUGUAACCUCUAGAAGCCUGAUGGGAAGGGUCCAAAAGGAGAAAUAUACCAAAUUAUUUCAAAUCCUUUUUCAGUAAGAAAGAAAGGAUUUCAUCUUAAUUUGGUCUGAAGUAUCCUUUGGUAAGGGCAAGCUAAUUUUGUAUAAACUGUGGCUGCAUGUGCUCAAGGGCGUGAAAGGUGGGAUCCAAAAGGGGAAAAAUGGAAAAUGAAAAUUCUUUAAAAUCUUUUUGGGAAUGAAAUGACUUGGUCUAUAUUCUGUGUGAAUCAUCCUUGGAUGAAGGGACCCCCCAUCCCCUACAUGUUAUUUUUUAUUGUUUAUCCUUUGAUAGGGCUUGCAAUGGAGGGGUGGAGCCAAAUAAGCAUCCAUGGGUAAAGUGGAACCUGUUUUGUAUAAGUUGUUGGUCACUGCAGGGACCUGAGGAAUGGGACUUGCAAUGAGAAAUAUAGCAAAUUCUUUAAAAUCCUUUGUUCUUAAUUUUGUAAAUUUGAAAGAGUAUUAUGGUAUGGUAUUGUCUGUCCGUCUGUCUAUUGUAAACUUUUGUUUGUCCGGAGAUAUACAAUAUUUUACUGGUCUCUUUGAAACUUGGGGCCGGAUAGGGAAAUAUAGCAAAAUAUGUUUUUGGUUUGAACCAUUAUUUGGAGAGGCAACUCAAAUACAAGUGUAUAGAAGAUAAAUAAUUGUAACAUAGCAAACAAUAGUAUUUUUCCUUGAUUACUGAAAUAACCAGGUGAGCAUUGCAGGCCCUCUUGGCCUUUACGUUUUUCUGUUGCACUUUGUGAUCAUGCUAACUUGAAUAAAUAUGGAAAGAUUUUCAAGAUAUUGGGCCAGAAGCAACUGCAUUCUGGGAUGAAGUUAAAUCAAAUGAAUGGACUGGCCCAAUUUCAAGGUCACAGGGGUCAAAUAUCUUGAAGCCCCACACAAUAUAUAUGCUAUCAUAAUGAAAAUGUCAUUGUAGUGCUAUUUUAGAGGAAAACAUUUGUACAUCUGUCAUUAUUGAGUUGAGUUUGUCAAACAUGUUCUGGGAAUAAGUUGUAUGUGCCAGAUCUGUGUAGAUGUAUAGAGAUUAGGACAGGGAAGUAUCUGAUGACAGGCAUUUAUUCAAAGUAGAUUAUUUAGCCUUUUCUCUUGAUUUUUAUGUUUCCUUGAUUCAGUGUAGAAUUACUUCUCAUUGAUAGUUUGAGCAGUCAGUAGUUAUUUUCCCUGUAUGUUAAGGACAAGCUAAAAGUCCAAGUCUACGUUUUUUUUAAAAACUUAAUACUGUAACUGCCAUAGCCAUGAUGAAGUUCAUUUUGUGCACAUCUUUAUAUAAGGUCAUUUUAAAUCAAAAUGAUUUUGAUUUCCUACCAUGUAAGAAUAGCUAUCAGCAAAACCUGUUUGAAAACUUAAAAUAACUCAUAAAUGAACUAUAAAGAGGCUGAAAAUUGACUAUACAUAUGUAUAUCUUUUCUCUUUUUGCUAACGAAACAUACUGUGUUUAGUUUUCCAAAUAAUUUACAAAUUGCUUAAUAACUUGCUGUAUUGACAUAUUUCUUUUUUCCUUUGAAGAAAUAAAUAUGUUCAAGACAUGAAAUUAGAAAGUGCAAGAGAUAUAUGUAGUUACCUAAUUAUUUUGUACAAUAGCACACUUAAUUGCCACAUGUAGAAUUUAGUAAUAUGUUGAUACUGAACAUAUAUAUGUGUGCAAUGCAUGCCAUAGCUGGUCACACUAUGUACUCAGUGGAUGGAUUGAAUGGUUUGUGAGGACACUUUACUUGUUUGUAAGGAAUCUGAGAGGAUAUAUGUACAGUACAUGUAUUUUUGUUGGAUAUAGUUAUUUUGUUAUUGUAGAUGUGUUAAUAAAUACAUCUUGUCAUCCUUAA